AUCACGUCCAUAAUCCUCUUCUGUUCCACUCUUGUUCGUCGUCCACCUCCUCGGCCUUCUCAUUCACCAAACGGUCACCUCCGACCAGCCAGUCUGCUCAACAGCUAGCACGCGCGUCGUGGGCUGCGUCUCAACCGGCCAUCCUUUAAUCCCAUCCUCACCAAAACACCGACACGCAUCCCAUGUCCGGUGAAGGUCUCACCCGCCGUCGCGGUGGGGGCGGUGGCUCCCCCGCACUCAACUCGGGCGGUGAACAGCAGCCGUCGGCACCAUCAUCGUCGGGCCAGUCGAGGCCGUCGUCGAGAGUCAUGUCGGCGAGUGCCAACUCUGGAUCCAUCGAGGGGCGCCCAAAGGUCGCGUACGACCCCCGCGACUUUAACGAUGACAGCGAGACCAAGGAGAACCCGCGCCUGACCCUGAUGGAGGAGGUUCUCCUGCUGGGUCUCAAGGACAAGGCCGGUUACCUCUCAUUCUGGAACGACAACAUCUCUUACGCCCUCCGUGGCUGCAUUCUUAUCGAGCUCGCGCUCCGUCGCCGUAUUGCCAUGGUCCGCGACCCAUCCCGGCGUCGCCUUGCUCUCGCGGACCGCCUGAUCGAGGUUAUCGAUGACCGCCAGACGGGAGAGACUAUUCUGGACGAGGCCCUCAAGAUGAUCAAGAGUAGCGAGAAGUAUGGAGCUGGGGCUUGGGUUGACCUCAUGAGUGGAGAGACCUGGAAUGUUAUGAAGAUCGGGUAUCAGCUCAAGCAGGUCCGCGAACGACUUGCCAAAGGCCUUGUCGACAAGGGCGUCCUGCGCACCGAGAAGCGCAACUUCCUUCUGUUCGACAUGGCUACCCACCCAAUUGCCGACAUGAACGCGAAGGAGGAUGUGCUGAGGCGGUGCUUGUCGCUUCUCACGGCUAGGACUGCCGCUAUCCCUCCCCAGGCCGUGUACAAGGAGGGCGUCAAGUACCGCUACAUGCGUGCUGCGUGUCUUGUUUGCGCUGCGUACGCUUCAAGUGUCCUUGAGAAUGCUCUCCAGCGCUUGUCGUACGACUCACGAGAGGCUGCCUUUGUCCGCUGCGACGAGAUCCUCGCCGAGUUCUCGACAUGGCCCUUUGGCAUUGGCACUGCGGACCAGGCCGGCCCGGUCACUGUGGGCGGAGGGUCGCGUCGCCGUGACGGCGGCAGCGGUGUUGGCCGCGAGAGCGUGCAGGAGUUGGUUCGCGAGGUCAGGAAGGAGAUGUCGUCGAGCUCGAACGGCACUGCGGGUGCCGGUGGUGGAGCCGAGGACCAGGAGGAGCUCUGCUUCGAGGUCGUCGCAACUGUCCUGGAAAUCUUCGGCCGUAUGGACAGCCUGCUUUGAGCGGAUUCAGCCACACGACGCGCCUCUCCAGCCUCUCUCUCCACUCGCUUCCGCCAUUCCUCAUCGAGAGCCAUUGCUCACCCCCACUCCCUGUUCCCCCUCCCACCCCCCCCAUAUCUUUUGGGAUUAGAUGUGCUGUAGGCCUUGCCACGUACGCAUAUGAGAUGUGCGGCAUGAAUGCAGUCGUAGUACUGUAGUGAUUUUUGGAUGUGCAAGUUGUUCGUAAG